GAGAGACAGAACUUUUAUUUUGAACGCUUGGUAACCUUUAUUUUGACGUAAAAUGUGACGACAGAAUUCAGGAAGCUGGUUUUGUAAACACGUGAAGUCGCUGCCUUGAUGCCUGAAUGGUCUCAGUUGUUGAAAUAACUUGGUAAUUGAAUACGAUUAAAUUUGCCAUAGACUGGAUAGGUUACACAACUCAGUUGAACCUAGACUUUAACAUUAGCCUACGUGUUAAAAGGUAUGGCAUCGCGUGCUUUCAUCUGCCUCCUCUUUUGCUUCACCGAUGAUCUUACUGAGUGAUGGCUAGUGACAAUGAGUGGCAGGUAGCAGGGCGGCGUAAAGGAUCCUCAAGUAGAAAGAAGAAAACACCAACUGUGUGUGCCGUUGAUCUUCCAGUCCCUGAAGCCGGUGACAGCCAUCGAGAUCAGCAACGUAUCAUUCAGGCCGUGAAUGAACUGAGAGGGGAGGACUUCUGGUCAGAAUGGAAAGAUCUCCUAACGGGACGGCUGUCCAACACUGGGCCCUGUAGGGGUCAGACAGGUGUCCAGAGUGAACGCCUGCAGGACUGUGUGUGUUACGGCCUGGGCAGCUUCUCCACAUGUGUGUCUGCACGCUAUCAACUGGCCUUACUACUUCUCCUGCUGGAUGCCCUAAAGAUCCCAGUGGAGCGCUGCAGUGUGUAUGAUCCUGUGUUCUCACUGACGGAGUGUGAGACACUUAGAGCUCUGGGAUUUUCAGUACUCACAGAAAAUGAGGAAGGCAAGCGAGUUGUGCAUCAGCCAACACUCCUUUACCUGAUGCAUUGUGGGAAGGCUCUGUAUAACAACCUGCUCUGGAAGAACUGGAGCUCUCAGGCCUUGCCCAAACUCCUCAUCGUAGGCAACAGUUUCAUUGGCAUUCAAGAAAGAAUGCUGCAGAGGGAGCUCCAGAGGGACUAUGCUUACCUGUGCACUGCGAUGAGUGUGUGCGAGGAGACAGCCCUGCCCUGCUCGCAGCGUUUCCUGGAUGUGUUCAAUGACACGGCACUGAUCUGCUUCACCCCUCAAAGUCUCAGCCAACUCCCAGAAUCCACCUGGGCCGACCCAGAAGAACCACAGUACCAGCACUGCCCAGAUCUAGAGAUCAUCAGGAGAGAGCGGAGAUAACAAGAAGAGAGAGUGUGUGUGUAUGUGUUUGUGUGUGAGAGAGAUAUAGAGAGCGAGAGAGCGAGAGAGCAAGAGCGUUUCUAGUUGUUCUGUUGACCUUGGUUUAUCUGAGUCAUUUAACCCAAAUUGGUCUUAGCCAUAACUGUGGGGAAGUUCACAAAUGUUAUGGUUUGGGGUGACCGUUUUAGUGCUACAGUAUAUUAUGUGAAUACCAUGGUAUACAGGAUACAGCGCAUUGACUGCUUAUUCUCUGUCAUUUCAUGAGUUUUGAAAUAAUGAUGGCUUCAGCAGGAGGCUGCAUUCAAAAUAAACAACAGAGUAAGAUUUCAGAAA